CGUUGUGUAAAGCACAUGCCGCUGCAUCUCGUCAAUGUGUGGGUUGGGUUGGUUUGGGUAAACCGAAUUAGAACUUUUUUAGUUUUUUUCCAUUUUGUAAAAAAAGAUGCACAGGGCAUAUCAACCAAUAACUCCAGCAAACAAUAAGCUCCUGAAAAAAAGAUGGGACAUGACAAGAUAUGACAUGCAUCGGAAAAAGGUUCAAUCUGCAAAUGCAGUGCUUGAUAAUCAUCCGCCAAAGACAUAUCUACAUCUGCAUUUGAAAUUAAAGAAAAUGCAAAUUGAGGAAGAGCGAUUAGCUACGGUGGAAAGAGAUAACAGAAUUCUUUUAGAAAAAAUGUCAUACAUCAUGCGCACGAAAGGACGGGUGGAUAAUCGCAAUGAUUACGAGCAUAAAAGCUUAAACAAAACAAAACGACAAAGGGAACUGUUAAGAGUAACUCACGAAAACCAGGCAAUUCUGAAAAGAAUCACUUCAAAGGAACCACACUUAAAUCACUUAAAUUGGGAGGAAGAUUGGGCAACAAACCAGCAAUACAUGGACAACAUCGCGAAAUAUCCGAAGGAUUGGUAUAAACUUAUUGUGCGUAAAACAAGACCUCGUAAAAAGGAUGCUACAUCCGAUGAACAAACAGACACUGAAGAGGCGACGAAACACAUGGAAAGUUUGCCAAAUGAUCGACGAAGAUCGAAAAAUAGUUGCAGCUCUAGUGAAGGUCGAAAAAGUAGAGUUGGCUCGAAGAAGAAAGAGCGUGGUGGUUUUUAAUUUUUAUUGUAAUUUAUUCGCGAAAUAUUUUUUUUUUU